AUGCCCGUGUCCGGGCUUUUCAGGAUGAGAACAGAGUACGCCCAAACAUCUCAUGCCAUCCCUUCGAGAAGGGCCAGCCUGGGCUGCAAUUCCGGGGCUGUUUUGGCAACAGAGGAGCGCAGGGUGGAUCGGUACGUGGCCGAAGGAGCCGUAGGACGUGUGGCAAGGUUCUACCGGUGCGCGGCGGAGAGCUGCACGGAGGCUGCGAUCCCCGUCCACUACAAGCACACCGUCUUUGCCUUCCUCACUUGCUUCAUCUUCGCCAGCCAUCUGCCGGAGAGACUCGCGCCAGGACACUUCGAUUACAUCGGGCACAGCCACCAAGUUUUCCACGUCUGUGGGAUCGUCGGCACGCACUUCCAGCUGGAGGCCAUCACGAUGGACAUGGCCGGGCGCCACGGCCGGCUGCUGCCCGUCACCACGCUGCUCCCCUCCUCCCUGCAGACACUGGGGUCCAUGGGCAUCGGCGCGGCCGGGAGCCUGGCCGUCAUCGCGCUCUGCUCCACCGCCCUGCGCUUCAUCCCGGAGCCUCUGCAGAGGGAAAAGCUGCACGGGCAUUAA